AUGUUCCCCACCAACCAGGGAACCCAACGACAUCCCAGUGGUGCUGUGGGUCCAUCAUACAAUGCAGGACCACCUCAGUUGUCACCGCUACCUAUUGACAACGGAGCCUUGCCUCAUGAUGACCCGUUUCUCAUGCACAGACAGCCAAACUCUGGACUGAAUGCACUGCAUCAGUUCAAUAAUAACUCAAAUGGGACACCUUACCAUGGUCACAAUCCUUGCCCACCAUUUGCAUACAGUGAUCCACCAUCCAAUGGUCCAGACCAAUCUCUGGGACUUAGUGCCAUGAUUGCGCAGCUGCUUGCAGAGGUCCAACGCCUAUCAGAAUCAAUGAACCUGCAGCAUGUCACAAAUAACCAGCUGCUUGCCUCAAAUCAGCAACUUGAAAACUUGAAUCAACAGCUUGUUGAAUCAAACCAACAACUCACCAUGCAUGUUGAAGCAAUUGAAUUGAUCCAAGCUGAGAGUAAGAAUGUGGGCAAGAAGAAAGCUGGGUUGAAGAAUGUAUCCAAUAAACAUAUCUUGCUCAAAAAGAAUGAGCAUGUACUGGCACUUGGCACUGUAAAACUGCUUCCAAACAGGGAGCCAUUCGAGGUCACAGAUGACAAUAAGAGAAUUUGGCAUCCGAACUGGCUGGGGAAGGUUGAUGAUGCUGUGAAUGCCAAGUUUAUCCACAAUAUUGUGCAACAUGUUUGGAACAAUGAGAAGGCCACAAAGGCUCAUUGCCAGGCUGCUAUCAAAUAUGAGCAGGAGACUGGAAAUUGUGGUGCUGUUGCAAUGAUUGAUACCAAUUUUGCAUUGGAUAUCUUCUCAUACUCAGAGGACAAUUUAUCAGAUGAUGUGUGGAAGAGAUGUACAGAAGCUGAAGUAGGAAAAUUGGCCAACAUGAUUGUUGGACAUCAAUGCAUGAAGGACAGUGUGACCAGUAAUGCAGGAGGUCCUGAAGAGCAAUUGGAAAAUGAAGCAGCAGUGCCUGCCAGAAAGCAAACCAUACCUUUCAAGAAUAUGUGCUUCCUAGAUGGUGUUGACUGGCUGAAAGGGUUCUACAGUUGGUUGAGGGAAGAGGACUUGAUGAAGGAGGAUGGGAAGUAUUUGAAGGAGCUGGAGGAGCAGCAUGGUGAAGAUAGCAUGGAUGAUGAGACAGAACCUCAGACCUUGAUGCUAAUCUUUCUGCAAUAUCCAUUCAGGGUUGAUAAGAAAAGGGAGCUGGGUGUUUUGGUUACGAUACUCCCUGAGCUCCCAUAA